GACAAAACUCCCGAAAAUUCCUAUUAAAUCUUUCUAGAAGUUACUCUUUCCUUUACAGACACCUUUAUAGGGUAUCACUUGGCCUAUACCCUUGCCAUUUAAGCCUUGUAUUGAGUUCUCAACCGCUCAGCUGUGUUCUUUUAUGGCUUUGUUUUUGGCACAACUCAAACGGCGAAUGUUUUGAGCGCUUUUCUUGCGCUGCCCCUUUUUGUUUGCGUUUUUGUUUUUGUGAUUUUUUUUUAUUAAUUUUUUUUUCUGCUUUUUUUUUUUAGAGAUUGCAAACACUCAUGACGGCCGCCGGUCGACAAGCCGAUAUACACUCACUCCCGCCCGAGAGAGUGGCUCUCCCUGUCCCUGUCCCACCCCAUAACGCUGACGCUUUGGCCGUCUCUCUUGCGCUCACAGCACGGCUGAAGCUUCUGAAGCGAGGCGAGCGGUCGAUCCGUCAGUUUGGGCGUCCGCCUCCUCAUUAGUAUGCUCAUAGUAACUGAGGAGUUCACUACGUCUUGCUACGCCGGCCCCAAAAAACGAAAAAAACCAUAUAGAGCUGCAUGCGAAAAAUAAGUUGGCAAAAAAAAAAUAUAGCAGCAGCAGCAGCAGCAACAGGAGAAGAAGAAGAAGAAGUAACACAAAAAAAAAAAACAAAAACAAAACUUAAGUCAAGACGAGGAGAAGAAAGCCACUCCAAUCCACUCUCGGCAUCGCUCUCCACCGGCGAGAAAUCGACAGCGACUUGGGCUUCAACUUCGAUCGGAUCGGAAUCAAAUCAUACCGGACAGUCGAAGGCAGCGCGUCGACACUUAACGCGAUAGUUCCUCAAAUCGGAGAUAUAAAAAUCUAUAUAAAAAGAAAACCAAAAAAUCAAAAAACAAAAACAUAAACUUUUAAGAUAUAUUUUGCCAAGUGUUGUCCGCGUUUGCAAAAUUUUAUAUUUUUUUCGACUUCUUUUUUUUUUUGGCAUUCUGGAAGCUUCUUCCUUCCGGUUAUUACAAAAAACAAACACAAGAACUAUUGCAAGAAACUUCCAGCAAUUAGUUAGUUGGCCAAAACCAAAAGUGUCUCUGUGUGUGUGUUAGUGUUAGUGCAUAUGCGUGUGCGUGUAUUACAGCCAAGUACGAGAAUUUGUGCGGAAUUAUCAGCCAACGAUUUUUAUGUAAAUGACGACAGCUGCCCGCCCGCUCGACGUCAGCAGGAGCAGGAGCAGCGGUGGUAGCGGCAACAAGACGGCGAACACAACGACAUCAACGGAACCGCAGCCGCAACCGCAGCCGUCCGUGGAUCGACGACGUCUGAACAGGAUCUGGUUGUUGGUCAUCUUAGCUUUUACCAUGUCCCAACUUACCAGCGGCGGUGGCGGUUGCGGUGUCUCAGCUGCCCCCAUCACAGAAUCUAAUGCCACAAAUAGUAGCAGCAACAGCAGCAGCAGCAGUAGUUCAAAUCCCUUGAAGCAUCUACAGAAGCGUUCACAGGCUGUCAACUUCCGGAUGUACUUCCAGCAGAAGCUCAAUGCCAGCAGUGUGCAUAGGGAUUGGGAGAACACGUGUGGCCAUAAGCCAACGGGCCUGAAUGAGACGCACAACAAGGCGAAGCGCUGCAAGAAGAGGCAAAUGAUUCUUCAGAAACUGCAGAGCCAAACUGGCCGGGAACUGAAGAGUGUCCAGGGCGAGGACAAGGCCAGGACCACCACCAACUCAGAUCACAUGGCCGGCGUUCGGAUAAAGGCCCUGGAUAUUAGUAAUAAGCAUAAAUGGGUCCUGCACAAAGUCAACUAUAAGUUUCUGCCACGUCUGAAUAUUAGCAGUCAACAGCUGAAUCUACGCCAUGUUCACCGUGACCUUCAGAUCUAUGUCGGAGCCUUUACCUAUCUGCGCAACGUUAACCUGCACUGGGACUUGGCCAAUUUGCAGGCCAAAAGUGUGCUCUCCGACGAGCUGGAUCGAAUGCGAAAGUCAGCCAGGGAUAUGCUUUGCAGCGUUGAGGAGGCCAUCAAUUUAACCAACCUGCUAUAUGCACCAAAUCGCCAGAGGGCGCAAAAGCAGCUGGGUCAAAAGAAACGACGGCAGGCACAGCCUGUGGUGACCUAUAAGAUCUUGCCGCGUCACCUGAUGGAGAAACGUUUGCAGCAGUUCAAGUCGCCGCUAGUACAGCUACAUCAGCAGGCAACAUUGGCGGCGCGAGGAGAAGAUGUGCCACCACCCCAGGAUACCAAUGAUCUGGAAAAAGAUGCAUUAUUUGCCAAAUUGAAGUUUGUUCAGUACAUGAAGAGUGUUCGGAAGAUACUAAGCAGUCAGCGAAAGAAUCUGUGUAAGGUGCGGACUCUGAAAAUGGAUCAGAAGCAGAAGCUAAGCCAGAACUAGAUCAAAAAAUAAGAAAAAAAGAAAAGAAAAGCUAAAGGAAACAAACCGGUGAAACCUCCAUUCCACAAAAAAAAAAAAACGAGGCUCAUUCCAUGAAAAAACAACAUCCUUAAUUUAUUGAAAAACAUCCUUAAUCUAUAUAUAUAUAUAUAUUUAUUACUCAUGCCACACAUUAUAUACCUGUCACGAAUCACGAGGAAUCCCAAAAAGAUAGACAAUCCCAAGGCUAUGAAAAAAUGAUGAGAAAAAUGAUGAAACUGAACUAUGAAAAAACCGAAUAAGCAAAAAGAACAACUAACCACCAAGCCGAAUGAAGAUACUUUUGAUAUCUUAACUAACUAUCUUAUUAUUUU